AUGUCUCAACGCAGGAAACUUCAAGGAUUUGAAUUUUAUCAGACGGUACUUAAAAAUGCCAAGUAUUUCCUUGCCCCUAUGGUGGAUCAAUCCGAAUAUGCCUGGAGAAUCUUAUCUCGCCGAUAUGGUGCUCAAGUAUGUUACACUCCUAUGGUUCAUGCAAAAAUGUUUUGUGACGAAAAAAAUCAUCAAUAUCGGUCCGACGUAUGGUCAACUGGGGCAAAUGACCGACCUUUAAUAGUACAAGACCAGUGUGAUGCAGUAGAUUUGAAUUUAGGAUGUCCACAACAUAUCGCUAAACGUGGACAUUAUGGUGCUUUUUUACAAGAUGAAUGGGAUUUAAUUUACAAAUUGAUAAAUAUCCUUCAUGAAAACCUAUCAGUACCCGUAACAGCCAAGAUAAGAAUAUUUCCAGAAGUGGAAAAAACAAUAAAGUAUGCUAAAAUGAUUGAAAGUGCAGGAGCACAAUUAUUAACUGUACACGGUCGUAUUCGCGACCAAAAAGGUCAUAAUUCGGCGUUGGCAGAUUGGGAACAAAUUAGUCAAGUCAAGAAAGCACUUAAUAUACCGGUUAUUGCCAAUGGAAAUAUUUUGUAUUUCGAAGAUAUUGAACGUUGUAUUAAUAUUACAGGUGUUGAUGGAGUUAUGUCCGCAGAGGGGAAUCUUUACAAUCCAGGCAUAUUUUCAGAUAGCAAUCUGCCAACUUGGCAAUUAGCAAAUGAAUAUCUAGAUAUUUGUCGAACAGUUCCAACAAAAAUUGGGUAUAUUCGUGCGCACCUUUUUAAAAUAUAUAGACCAGCUCUCCCAUUUCAUGUUGAUUUAAGAGAACAACUAGCUAAAGUGACUACUUUUGAAGAGAUAUGUGCGAUAUCUAAUGAAUUACAAAGUCGAUUGAUGAAAACGGUAGCUAGUCAUGUUUAUGACAGUGCGAUUGAAAAUGAUGUAAAUGGUUAUAAGAUAUUUCCUCAUUGGAUUUGUCAACCUUAUAUUCGGUCACCAACAUUGGGAAAUCCUAAUUAUGAUGGAAUGAAAAAAAAGAUAGAAAAUGACUAA